GAGAAGCAACAAAAUAGCAAUGUUACCAAAUGGAAUUUUUGAUGUAUUGACGAAGCUAGAGACACUAAACUUGGGUAACAAUAACAUAACAACGUUACCAAAUGGAAUCUUUGAUGCAUUGACGAAGCUACAGAAACUUGGAUUAUAUGGAAACCCUCUAAUUUGCAAUUGUCCAUUAGUCGACAUUGUUCUCUUGGUGAAAAGAAGACGAUUACAGUGGAUUCUCGGUCCUUCCUGUCACAGCCCUGUGACUCUAAGAAAAACAUUGCUGAAGGACCUGAAACUUCAAGAAGUAAUUUGUGAUUCAGAUUCCACCACCGGUUCUAUCCGCGUGGAAACAAGAGUUCCUGGUACGUAUUUUGGAUCAAUUUAAUCAAAGGUUGUGUGAUUACUGGUGGUACAUGUAGCUUAAAACCUAGGACAGUUAGCCUUUGUUCUAAUUCUUCCUUCGUCAAGUUUUCUAUAUUAAAAGAGAAAAAAAAAUUUCCACUGAUGCAGAAACUGUCUUUUCGACAAUAACCGGAUUUGGCAAGUAUUCAACAUGUACCAAACAUUUUGAACAUUGUAUAGAACACUGAUUUGUAAAGUAGCAAUUUACAGUAUACGUCAAUGACACUUGAUGCAUGAAAUUAUCAGCAAUGAAUGUCAUUGUAUCUCUUGCCGCUAACAUCAUUGAAAACAUCGAUUUGAAAUGGCUUUAAAGCUUGAAGAAUUCCAAUCCACGAGGUAAACUCUUUGUGUAGAAAUUGGAUUAUUGUCCAAUAUCUAAACUGCCCUCGGCAUCGGAAGUAA